CUUCCUCUGUGCGUUUCCCGUCAAUUUCCUCCGCAGGAUCCAAAGCUCAGGGCCUUAGCACUUAGCUCCUUCCAUCCAUCGGCGUUCGUUCCUUCCCCCGACACGCACAAAAAAAUAAAUGUAUAUAUGUAUAUAUGUAAAUAAAUUGGAGAGCAAGAAAUCGGCCCAACCGGCCCUCACCCUCCCCUAUAUAUACCACAGGACUCUUCCUCCUCUUCUCCAAGCAACCACAAACACAAAUACAGCGUAGACAGCUUCUCUCUCUCUCUCUCUCUCUCUCUCUCUCCGUUAAUUAAUAGCAGCGAAAAUGGUUCUGUCGAAGACGGCUUCAGAGUCUGAUAUUUCGGUGCACUCCACCUUCGCUUCUCGCUAUGUGAGAACUUCGCUGCCCAGGUUUAAGAUGCCGGAGAACUCGAUUCCGAAGGAGGCGGCUUACCAGAUAAUAAACGACGAGCUGAUGCUGGACGGGAAUCCGAGGCUGAACCUGGCGUCGUUUGUGACGACGUGGAUGGAGCCGGAGUGCGAUAAGCUGAUGAUGGCCGCCAUUAACAAGAACUACGUUGACAUGGACGAGUACCCCGUCACCACCGAGCUUCAGAACCGAUGUGUCAACAUGAUAGCUCAUCUAUUUAAUGCUCCGUUGGGGGAAUCUGAGGCUGCGGUGGGCGUAGGAACUGUGGGGUCGUCGGAAGCCAUAAUGCUAGCGGGUCUUGCUUUCAAGAGAAGGUGGCAAAACAAGCAGAAGGCGGAGGGGAAACCCUUCGACAAGCCCAACAUCGUCACCGGCGCCAAUGUUCAGGUAUGUUGGGAGAAAUUCGCGAGGUACUUUGAGGUAGAGCUGAAGGAGGUUAAGCUAAGGGAAGGGUACUAUGUUAUGGACCCUAUGAAAGCUGUGGAAAUGGUGGAUGAGAACACCAUUUGCGUAGCCGCUAUUCUGGGUUCGACCCUAAAUGGAGAAUUCGAAGACGUCAAAGUCCUGAAUGAUCUCUUGGUCGAAAAGAACAAGGAAACUGGUUGGGAUACCCCGAUUCACGUCGAUGCAGCGAGUGGCGGAUUCAUUGCACCCUUCAUUUAUCCAGAGCUGGAGUGGGACUUCAGGCUGCCAUUGGUAAAGAGCAUCAAUGUCAGUGGGCACAAGUAUGGUUUGGUAUAUGCUGGCAUUGGGUGGGUUAUCUGGAGGACAAAAGAAGACUUGCCUGAAGAACUAGUAUUCCACAUAAAUUACCUUGGUGCUGAUCAACCCACCUUCACCCUCAAUUUCUCCAAAGGUUCUAGUCAAGUUAUUGCUCAGUACUAUCAACUAAUCCGUUUGGGAUUUGAGGGAUAUCAAAACGUGAUGGUGAAUUGUCGUGAGAAUGCACUUGUGCUGAAAAAGGGUUUGGAGGACACAGGACGCUUCAACAUUGUGUCCAAGGACGAUGGGGUUCCACUGGUGGCCUUCUCAUUGAAGGACAACAGUUGUCACAACGAGUUCGAGGUGUCUGAAAUGCUUCGCCGCUUUGGGUGGAUAGUGCCAGCCUACACCAUGCCUGCGGAUGCACAGCAUGUCACGGUGCUCCGCGUCGUCAUAAGAGAAGACUUCUCUCGCACCCUUGCGGAGCGCCUGGUGAUCGACAUCACCAAGGUGCUCACAGAGCUUGACACGCUUCCGGCAAGGCUCCGUGCCAAGAUGGCCAUCACUAGUACAGAAGAACCAAGGAAGAAUGGCACUGUCAUCAAGAAAACAAAAACUGAGAUCGAGACACAGAGGGAAAUCACCGACGUCUGGAAGAAGUUUGUCAUGGCUAAGAAGACAAGCCGCGUUUGCUAGUGCUUGUUCAAAACACGGACUUAAUUCUCUCUCAUUAUUAUUAAUUAUUUUUCUUCUUCUUUUGGCCACAGUCAGGCUAGGUGAUCUUCGAAUACCUGUCCCUAGUUCUACUUAAGGAUUUUGUAGCUUUAUCAUACUUGCUGCAAUGCUUUUUUUUUUUUUUUUUUCCUACUUCCUAUUAAGGAGUUCGAACUCUGAAGUUGACAUUGGUAUCUAUUGUCUAACAUUUAGAAUCUGUUAAUCUUUAAGUAUUGAAACAAACAUAUUUUUGAAUAAAACAUUUUUUUUGGUGUCGUCUUUAA